GCUUGGAGUUUAUGGGGCUUACAGUGAUUGGUUUGCAGCUGUGACAGACUCUGACCAAUAGACGACGAGCACAGUCUUGUAUAAACCCAUCGUCAUACCACGACUCGAGCACUUUUGCGUCGAUUUGCAGUGUGUAUUUCUUUAACAAUACCUGAAUAAUGAGUGGCAGAGGUAAAACCGGUGGUAAAGCCAGAGCGAAGGCAAAAACUCGCUCCUCUAGAGCAGGACUGCAGUUCCCCGUCGGUCGUGUGCACAGGCUUCUCCGCAAAGGGAACUACGGCGAGCGCGUCGGUGCCGGUGCUCCGGUGUAUCUGGCCGCUGUGCUCGAGUAUCUGACGGCUGAGAUCCUGGAGCUGGCUGGAAACGCCGCUCGGGACAAUAAGAAGACCCGUAUCAUCCCCCGUCACCUGCAGCUGGCGGUGCGCAACGACGAGGAGCUCAACAAACUCCUGGGCGGAGUGACCAUCGCUCAGGGCGGCGUGCUGCCCAACAUCCAGGCCGUGCUGCUGCCCAAGAAGACCGAGAAACCCGCCAAAACUAAGUGAACACGAGAGGA